AUGUCUGACGCUCAGCACCAUCACAGGUCUUCUCAGAAGAAGAAAAAGUCGUUUAAGUCGAAACACGCGUCGAAAUCUGCUCUGAAAGAGGCAUUCCGGAACCGUGUUGAGCCUAAACAAAAUGGCAUUAAACCGGCUUUACACACAUCCUCCAAGGCUGACAGAAAAAACAAGGCUAAACAAAUUCAGAUGAAUAAAAGGGCCGAGAUUGCUAACGCGAAUCGCAUUUUUGGCGGCAGAAACGGAGCUCCUAAGAUCGUUUCUGUAAUUUCCUUGUGUGCGAACGUCGAUGCGUGGUCGACGCUCAAGAAAAUCCUCUCAUCGUUGGAGACAGAGAUCCCAGAGAAGCCUGUCGAAAAAUUUUCUGUUACUGUGGAUAGAUUCCGUCAGAAAUUACAGUUUUUGGUUCCCCGCCGUGACUUUUUGUCCAUGGCUGAUGCUGCUAAGGCUUCAGAUUACACAAUUUUUAUCCUUUCUGCUACUCAGGAAGUCGAUGAGUUUGGCGAACUCGUUAUACGUACCGUUCAGGGACAAGGUGCUUCUACUGUCAUUUCCGUGGUUGACGACUUAACCUUAAUUGAUGGUCAGAAAUUGAGAACGGAUGUAAAGAAAUCACUUAUCAGUUUCAUGAACUUCUUUUUUUCCGAUCAAGAACGUAUUUGGGCUUCUGACAUCUCCACGGAAGCUCAAAAUAUCGUGCGUAUACUCUGUACUACCCAUCCUAAGGGUGUUCAUUGGAGAGACACCAGAGCUUAUGUAGUUGCUGAUGAUCUUUCUUGGAAUGAUGGAAAGUUGGCAGUUAGCGGCAUUGUACGUGGAAAAGGGUUGGAUCCCGAUCGUCUUGUUCAUAUACAAGGUUUUGGUGAUUUCCAAGUGGAUGAGAUUCACAUUCAUCCUCAAGUUCGCAACGGUGUUAAGAAGCAGGGCGAUGUUGACAUGGAGGGUUCCGAACCUUCUGACACUAUUGUCCGACCUACUGAGAACCAGGAUAGCUUGGAUGAACUUGCUCCCGCCGCAGAUGUCGAUGACAUGGAUAUGGCUGAGGAUGAUGCUGAGAAGCCGAAGGGUGUACGAUUGGAUGACUUCUACUACUUUGAAGACGAGGAAGUGCCUGCCGCCGCCCAAAAACGUGUUCCAAAGGGUACAUCUACCUAUCAAGCCGCUUGGAUUCCUGAUGAUGAAGAAGAAGUGUACAGUGAUGCCGAGGAGACCGAGGUUAUCACAGUUGGCACCGAAGAGCCUAAACGGGAAACUGUUGAAGAGGAGGCAAAUGAGGUUGUUAGCGACACAGACGAUAUGAUGGACGACACCAAGUCAGAAAUGUAUGUUGAGUUGUCCGCUGAGGAAGAGGCUCGACAACUGGCCGAAUAUCGUCGUCAAGUUCGCGAGGAGGAGGAGGAACGCGAAUUUCCUGAUGAAAUUGAAUUGAUGCCCGAUGAGUUGGCUCGCGAACGCCUUCGCAAAUAUCGUGGUCUCCGUAGUAUGUUCUCAAGUCCUUGGGAUCCGGAGGAACCUGACGCGAACGAGCCCGCUGACUGGCGUCGUUUGUUCCGCUUCCAAAACUAUAGAAACAUGAAGAACAAAAUGCUGAAGCAGCCGUUCAUUGGAGAUGUCAAGCCCGGACAAUUGGUUACUGUGUAUGUUCGCAAUGUUCCAGAGUCUGUGUAUCAAUACUACGCCGAUCGUCUCUUUGUUUUGUAUUCGUUGAUGGAGCACGAGCACAAAUUGUGCGUCUCACAUUUUACCGUUACGAAACAUAGUGAAUACGAGAACCCAAUCAAAUCUAAGGAAGAAUUGGUUCUCCAAGUUGGUCCUCGUCGUAUGUUUGUCAAUCCGCUUUAUUCUGACGCGUCUACUACGGGAACUAGCAACAAAGUUCAGAAAUUCAACAAGUUUCUGCAACCUUCUCAGCUCAGCGUUGCUACCGCCGUUCUUCCAAUUAACUUUGGAAGCAGCCCUGUUUUGCUUUUUAAGCAAGAUGGCGACUCACUUAAACUGGCAGCUACUGGCACCUUUGUUAAUACGGACCAUAAUGUUAUUAUUGCCAAGCGUGCCGUUCUUACUGGUCAUCCAUUCAAGAUUCACAAAAAACUUGUCACUGUUCGUUACAUGUUUUUCAACCCUGAAGAUGUUCUGUGGUAUAAACCUAUCCAGCUCUUUACGAAACAAGGACGUACAGGUUUCAUCAAGGAGCCUUUGGGUACUCACGGAUACUUCAAAGCCACCUUUAAUGGAAAACUCACUGUGCAAGACACGGUCGCUAUGUCGCUUUACAAGCGCGUGUAUCCUCGUAUGUCUCGGCCUCUUUUGUACACAUCUGCAUAA